AUGACAACGAAAACAGCAACUACAUUAUCACCUAUCAAGCGAUGUCACGGAUCACCUAAUCUGAAGAAACGUCGCCUAUCAUCGAUUGCAACACAUCGGAAACAACAAAUGGAUUUAUCUUUAACUGUUUCAACAAUGUUAUCUUCACCGAAAACGAUCACAAUCACUUGCGAAAAACACUUUGUAUCGUCGAUUAAGUUACCCGAUCUUGUUCACGACCUAUUCAUAGAAGAACAACGUCGACAAACGAUUGUAAAUAUUGCCACAUUGUUACGAAAAGUUGGUGAUCAAAUGGAUGAACGCUUACAAAUAAACAACAGUUCAUCAUCAUCAUCAUCGUUAAUAGAUCACGUAUUCGGUCAACGACCCAUUACAUUUACUCAAUGUUUAUCUUCUAUCUUUCGCUUUUUCUUGUAA